CAAAUUUGGGCACCAUUGAACAUGGUGCCGCCGAUACACCCGACGCGACCUUCCGUGGAGAAGAGAACGUCGUCGCCAUCGCUCAAGUCAUUCCGAGACGCGUCGAGCGAGGCGAAGCAAGGGGCGCUCCCUCGACUGUCGUCGCCAAGAGUGGAUGAAAUCUCAUCGCAGGGAGGUGACGAUGAAGCACAGCGGAUCCAGGGAACAGAGCUUCAGCACUGCGAAAGCAUACUGAGUACGAUUCAAAAGGAGACAACGAACAAUGGAACUCGUUACAUCUCAUUGCUCGAGUUCAAAGAGACGAGCAAUCCCGCCCUGGACAGCAUGCAUCGCUUUGUGAAAAGUACCAGGAAGGAGCUCAGCUACCUUGAAGUGCUCUGUGCAAAUGGCUGGGACAAUGACGACAUCGAUGCGAUUCUAGCGACAAUUCCAAAUGACGAAGUCACGGCAUCACAGCAUUUGUGGGUCGAGAAAUAAGUGCGCAAAUAAUCACCCGACUUCGGUCUCGAAUGACUUUGAUGGCAAAGCGAUGCUAUUUGCAUACAACGCGUAACAAACUAGCAUUAAGAA